AUGGAGGAGAGUGCCUCGCAGAUUGACGAUUUCGGUGAUCUACCACCCGAAGCAAUCGAAGCUGCCGACGAACUAAUAGCUGAGUACCUGGCCAGCUGCGACAAAAAGAACAGCACCCCCCCUGCAGCGUUCUUGAAAGGGGAUUAUCAGUCACCCACAGGUGUCAUGACAUCGCCCAUGAAGUGCACUCGGUUCUCCCCUGCUGUUGUGGAACACCUUUUCCAUGCAGUUGGCGAUAACAGUCUGAAGAUGACAGAUGAAAAGGACCAAAAAAAGGGGGACAACAGUGAUCAGAAGAGGAAGUUGCCAGCCGCGAAAGCCGCAGUUAAGUCCCCCAUUUCGAAGUCCUCUGGAAGCCCCCCCACAAAGCGUUCAUCCGUUCCUCAAGGCGCUGGAUACAUCCAGAAUGGGACAGCUUCCCGUGUCGCAGCACGUGUGAAGAAGCCCAUUCCAGAAGACGCUGUUAUUCUGUCUGUUGACAGUGAUAGCGAUGAUGAAAAGCCAUUCUCUUUCCAGGAGGACGAUCGAAAGCCGGAAGCCGUGAAGUCAGGAGUUAAAAUGGAAGAGAAGACGGUCUACUACAGGAACGGAAACACCCUUGUUGCCGCUGGAGCUGACUACGAAGACCGAUAUCUCGAGGCUAUUAAAGAAAAAUCCAGGGCUGCAGUCCGCGAGUCAUUGAAAGAAUAUAGAAUGCCACCCCCACCCCCACCACCUGGUUGCUCUUUUUUAGAUGCUGCGAGUCACCAGACGUCUGGCCAUACUGCACCCAGUGCCACUGCAGCCUCCAGGAUUUCUGUCCAGACUGCUGCCAAUGCCAACUACCCUGGUGCACCGCCUGCAAUGAAAACCCCGUCUUCUGCAAAUGCCAGUCGGUCUACUGUCCGUGCUGCUACAGCCAAGGGCUGUAACACCCUCAAGCCAGCAGGUAGGACGCGACGUAUGUCCAAACGUCCAGUCCAGGUGUACUCAUCAUCAUCGUCCUCCAGCGAAAGCGAAGAAUCGGACGACUCCAUUGAGCUGACGGAAGAGGAACAAGAAAGGUUCCAGAAGCUUGGGCCUUACGGGAGGACGGUCUAUUUAGGCGAGAUCAAAGAAUCUCGCCGUGCCCACCAAGCAGGAUGGAAGCUGAAAGACAAGUUCAAACAGUACAGUAAAGCUCCCACCUACAAUGGCUACAAAGAGAACCAAGCUCCAACGAACUACCUUCACGCAAAGAAGAAAGAGUGGAAGAAGAAAGAGGCCGAAUCGAAAGCACGUAAAAUGGUCACAGAUGCGAAAAAGAAGAAGAAAGCUACCAAAGCUAUGAAAGCAACACCAAGGCGCUCUAAGUCUGAAGGAGCGAACCGGAAAGUUGGAGACUUCCCAGAGUAUUGGACGUCCGACAGUAUGUUCAUGGCCAGAGCCAACGGUACAGCUGGAGCCGCUGGGAUCCAUUCUGCUCUACUUGAAGGUACCCAACCAGACUACAGAAUUCCCCCUCUGAUGCUCAAGGCUGGAGAGCGAUGCAGUCGUCGUCGUCUGAUCCAAGCCAUGAAAGUCCCUGCUUUGAAACUUCUUGUGGCAAUGACCAAAAGCACUUUGGCACAGGAUAGUACUCUCUUGUACUACUUUGUUGAUGUCAAGGCGAGUAAAAAGAAAGAUGCCCCUUCUCCAGUUGAGAACUGUGUGGCUGCUAUUAUUGCCAGUCUCGUGGAUCUCUACAUUGAGUAG